AUGCCAAUAAUUACAACAAGCACAUCCGCUGUUUCUGCUUGGACGCCUUUGACACAAUUUGCUUAUGGAUUUGCUAUUUAUCCUUUUACUCCUGGUGCGCAAAACAAUUCUUCGUCAGAUUCUAUAAAAGAUGCUCAAAGCAUAAAUGAAUCAGUCGAUGGUGUUGUUGAUUUAAAAUCUAAUGAAAAAAAUGAUUUAAUUUCUAAAAAAGAUAAUAAAAUUGAUUCUGAUUCAAAUUCAAAUCAUAAAUUAGUAGAUCAUGAUUCUCAACCUGACAAUGAAAAGACUGGAGAACCUCAGGUGUUUGUUGGAAUUUUCCCAAAAAAUCAUGUAUAUAUAAAAGAAUAUCUUGAUGAUGUCAAAUUACAAGUUAACGAAUCAACAAAAUCUUUUAAUGAUGCUGCUUCACUUGAUUCUACUACUCGUAAUGAAAAUGAAAAACCUGCUUCUAUUAAUGACAAUGAUGAUAAUGACAGGCCUCCUCCACCACUACCUUCACUUGAAUGUGGUGAUGAUACAAUAAGUGGAAAGAAUGAACCUUUGAUAGAUGAAAUUUCAAGCGCAGUCAGAGAAUGGUGUAGUCUUUUACCUACUUAUUUGGAAGAAAGAAGAUACUCCAUGUUUAGAACUGUUAAAGAUCAAAUAAAUGAUUUAUUACAGGGUCGAAGGCAACUACUUGCUCAAACUUUAUCUCAAGAUGAACUGAGCAAGCUACGUAAAGAGCUUAUCAAUAAACUUGUUUCUGGUAACAUAAUUCAAGAUUUAGAUAUUAUUGUCAGGCAUCCCGAAAAAGGUUUUCUUGCUGAUGAAACAAAUGUAUCAGCUAUUCGUCUAUAUCAAUUGCAAGGUCAUUUAUCAAUUCUCAAUGCAGAAAAAUUAAAACAUGAUUCAUCGUUACCUUUCAAUAGCCCUACUAUUUUAAAUUCACCAUCAAUAACAUCACCCUUACGUCAAGAGCCAAAAGGGCUAUUAAAAAAAGAAGUUUAUGAAUAUAAGGCUCCAUGGCCAGUUUAUGGAUUGGACUGGUCAAAACUACCAGGCGAAAAGGCGUUCCGAUUAGCAGUAGGAAGUUUUAUCGAAGAAUAUUCUAAUAAGCUUGAAAUAAUUUCACUGGCUGAGCCUAGUACUUACGAUGAUGAUAGUUAUUAUCAUCGUUCGAAUAUAGAUUUUGUUAAAAUAGCAGAAGCAGAUCAUCAUUAUCCCAUAACAAAAGUAUUAUGGGAACCAUAUAAAGGUGGAUCAAAGACGUCAGAUUUGUUAGCAACUACUGGUGAUUAUUUAAAAUUGUGGGAAAUCGUUAGUGAUGAAGCAAAUAAUGGAAACUUCAAAGCGCCACUAACAUCUUUUGAUUGGAAUCAAUUGGACUCCAGUUUAGCAGUUACGUCUAGUAUAGAUACAACAUGUACUGUAUGGAAUGUUGAAACAGGUCAAGCAAAAACACAAUUGAUAGCUCAUGAUAAAGAAGUUUACGACGUUGCUUUCUUUACAAACGAAGUUGACACUUUUGCUAGCGUUGGUGCCGAUGGAAGUGUAAGGUUAUUUGAUCUAAGAUCAUUGGAACAUUCUACAAUUCUUUAUGAAACACCACCGCCCCAACCCUCAAAAACUGGAUCUUCCUCAAACUCCUCAAACCAACAAUCUCCACUACUUCGUUUAUCUUUUAAUAAAAUAUCACCAUAUUAUAUAGCCACUUUUCACAUGAAUUCUACCGAGGUUAUAAUAUUGGAUAUUAGAGCUCCUGGGCUACCGGUGGCUGAACUAAAUGGACAUAAUGCACCUGUGAAUUGUGUUAACUGGUCACCAAAUUCAUCAAAUAUUUUGUGUAGUGGUGGCGAUGAUUGUAAUGCCAUUGUAUGGGAUCUUGGCGACUUGUCAACACCUAAUUCUACCAUAUCCAAAUACAACCAGGAUCCAUUAUUGGCCUAUAGAGCAACAAGCGAAGUCAACCAAUUGAGCUGGAAUACAAAAUAUCCUGAAUGGGUAUCUAUAAUUUUUGGAAAAACCAUACAGGCUUUAAAAAUAUAA